AUGCCCAUGGCAAAUGGCAAGGCUACCAGGCUUGCUGAUGAAAUGGAUGAAGACGAUGAUAGUGAGGACGACAUGGACCAUAGUAGCGAUGACCUGGAGGCCAGUGAGGACAGUGAGGACAGUGAGGAUGGUGAGGACAAUGAUGACAGUGAAGACAGCGAGUUGGAAGCGUUUACUCGCCAGGGUCCAAAGAAGCGAAAUAGUGACACCAUCCAGGGAGGCACCCAGGCCAAGAAGCAGCGCGUCAUUCCCAUCGCGAGGGAAAAGGUUGGAAGCACACUGAUGUCCGGCAAGGGCAACAAGGCGCCGGAAACAAAGGGCCAGGGUGGGUCGAGUGCCAGCAAAGCCAAGACACCAAAAAAGCAAACCGAGAAGGUGCAAAAUGCCACGCCGGGAAGGAAGGGCCAAGAAACGCAAGGGCCAACGCCCGCCAAGGCGACGCUCGCCGGAACCACUGGUCAAGGGACCCCCAAGGAGCAAGAAGCCUUCAAGAAGACAGUCGUGGGUGCUCUGAAGGCGAGCGGGCCUCUGUCACUUGAACUUUUGGGGGGCAAGGUUUCGCCAAAACCCAAGUUUGUGAAGAAACUUGGCAAGUUCCUUGCGCAAUAUCCCGACACGUUUGUGCUGGAGGGGGGAGCCGUUAAGCUGAAGUGA